CACUGAUGCGCUUGAUUUCACUCGUCGUUUCCUGCCCGCGUGGUUUGCUGCAUGUUUCCGUGGCUGCAACAGAGUAGCGCGUCGUCGCUCUGAGAAACGAGGCGGAGAGUGACUGUCAAAGAGCUACAGCAUUUGCUUGAAUUUUCUAAUUCUGAGGACAUCACAAUUAAACUAUGUAAGCCUCGGUAUUUGUAGGAAAACAAAAUAAAGUGAGGAAGAGCCUAUUGCUUAUUAGCCUACGCAAGGACGGAUCAGACCCUCGUUUUUAUAGAUAGAAGCUCGCUAGUUUUUUGUUUGUUUUGGUUUGAGAAAGCUGCAGUUAUCAAUUUUUUUUUAUACCGCCCACUUUUAAAAGCGUAUAAUUGAUUUGGUAUUUCAAAUCGAAUGUAUUUCGCUGAGGGUAUAUCGUAGUUAGGUGGCGUUUAAUGCUUUUUUCAACCCUCAUCCUGUCCUGACUAAAAAGGAUAGGCUCGUUUUUAACACUGCUCGUGAGGAAUUCCUACUUCAGAUUCUUUUCGUUCUGUAGAGGCAGGACAACUCGCAGUGGCUAUCUGUUGUCAAGGCAAUCCACAUGCAUUGUCAAGUAAACCAUUUUUAUUAGCUCAAAUUAUAAAAUAUUUUUGUGGUCACAAUAACUUGUUAGGUUACAUUGUAAACAGAAGAGGCUUAUCAAAGAUGUUGCUGAAGGAGUACAGGAUAUGCAUGCCGCUGACUGUUGAGGAGUACAGGAUCGGUCAGCUGUACAUGAUAAGCAAGCACAGCCAUGAGCAGAGCGACCGUGGCGAGGGGGUGGAGGUGGUCCAGAAUGAACCGUUCGAGGACCCCACCCACGGUCAAGGCCAGUUCACAGAGAAACGCGUCUACCUCAACAGUAAGUUGCCUAGCUGGGCUCGAGCUGUGGUGCCUAAAAUCUUCUAUGUGACAGAGAAGGCCUGGAACUACUACCCUUACACCAUUACAGAGUACACUUGUUCCUUCUUGCCAAAGUUCUCCAUUCACAUAGAGACCAAGUAUGAGGACAACAAAGGCAGCAAUGAUGACAUCUUCUCUGACAGUGAAAAUAAAGACCAGGAGAGGGAGGUGUGUUAUGUCGAUAUCGCCUAUGACGAGAUCCCUGAAAGAUACUACAAGGAGUCAGAGGACCUGCGGUACUUCAAGUCAGAGAAGACAUCGCGAGGCAUUCUGCAAGAGGGCUGGAGGGACACACAGGAGCCAAUCAUGUGCUCCUACAAGUUGGUCACUGUCAAGUUUGAGGUGUGGGGCCUGCAGACGCGGGUGGAGCAGUUUGUACACAAGGUUGUGCGAGAUGUGCUGCUCCUGGGCCAUAGACAGGCCUUUGCCUGGGUGGAUGAGUGGAUCGACAUGACGAUGGAUGAGGUGAGAGAGUACGAGCGCACCAUCCAGGAGGCCACCAACGAGAAGAUCGGGAUUUUCCCCCCGUCAAUCUCCAUCAGCGAAAUGCCCCUGUCAUCCUGCGCCCUCUCUGGCCCCGCCAGCGCACCAACCACCCCCCUCUGCACCGACGCGCCCGAGUUCCUCUCCAUCCCUAAGGACCGGACCCGCAAAAAGUCAGCCCCCGAGACCCUGACCCUGCCCGACCCCGCCCAGAACCAGAGUGGAGUACCCCAGGGCUCUGUGCUGGUGCCACUUCCGAACCAAAACCACUCCCCCUGGCCCUCCUCCAACUCUGACCAAGCUGAGUUAGGAGGGGAGUAGGUCCAUUCUUCUCCCCCAUGUGCCCUGCCACCUCACUGUCUUAGUAGCCCAGCAGGACCAGCGUAUACGCCCCCAGUGCCCAGUCUACCAUGCCCCCACCAGCCAUAUCACCAGUGUUCCUCACCUACAUCUCCAGAGGUCAAGGGUCAAUCCUCCCGUUUACAUGUCUUCAGCAUCCUCAACCGGCGUCGGGUCUGUCAGUCUCCAAUGGAUGGUGUUCUGAGAUCUAACCAAUCAGCGAUCUGAUUCACUAUAACAACCGCCCAAACUUGUCCAUCCACAGAACAUGCAUUCACAUGCAAGGGGUUUUGUCGUGUCAUCAUGUGUCCUGUCCUCAGUGUGGCUAAAUGAGGGAGCCCUGAUUUCGUUUUUUAAAUAGGUUAGUAGAUUAUCUUUAAUGUUGGGUCAACUGAUGAUCCCUGUGUCAUUUAAAUGUAGUUGGUGUAGUAUCAUCACAUUAGAGAGACGAAGACAAUAUCAUUUUGUUUACUUGAGUGAAUCUGUAGAAUUCUCUACAAAUGUAGACGUGUAUAGAAUUUUGACUUUAGACUAAAUCAGCUAAGUAAAUUCUAUUCAAGAGUAGAAGUAGAGUAGUACUUAUUGUUCAUUUUAAAAGACUAUAACUACUGAAAGGACUGAUUCCAAUAAAAACUGACCUCAGAUCUGUGUGUCCAUGUCCCCCCACACCACACUCUGUUUGAAACGGUUGCAAGAUCAGUACAAUCACAGAGAGAGAUCUCCUCUCAGGUCUUCUCAGAACUCUGCCUCAGUCCUUAUGAAGGGCAGGGAAUUAACCCUUUCCCUCCCAGCUUAAAACCGCCAUUUUUAUAUCUGCACAGAUACACCUAUACUGUGUCUUUACUCACCCACCUACUUAAUUAACCUUUGGAAAGUUUACACAACAUUGAAUAUAUUGCUGUAGGAGAAUAUGGGCACAUUUUGGUGGUCUACUUGACUCCGGCGAUCAGUUGAAUUAAAUCGGUAUAGCAGCUGAGCAGAUAAGAGAAGGAAUGGAGGAUAUGCUGAGCACAUUGGAGGAACGUCAAUUCCAUGCUUUUAUGGGGCAUUUGCUUCAGCCUUACUCCUUGUGCUUGCUUAUCUUUGCAUUGUGCACAGUGUGUUUUGUAGGAAUGCCAAUACAAUUGUUUGCCGAUUCUUGAACUGAAGCAGAAUUGGUGGGCUUUUUUUAUGUAACAUAUAUUUUUCUUUUGUUCCCUUCGCUAGCCUUACCUUGACCUCAGUGUGUCAUCAGAAACCUUAUUCAGGGGUAGGGGGAGAGGGUUGCGUAGGACAGUAGGUGUCUCUUUGUGGAACGUCCUAAGAGGUUACUAUUUUAUAUACGCUCACAUGGAUUAAAAGGGGGGGGUUCAUAUGCCGCAUGAAAUGCUAAAAGAAUACACAUACAUAUGUAACGUAUAUGUGGAAAUACAUGGCAGGUGACGCAACGUUUGGGGAGGAAGCGAAUGCGAACGUGUCCGGGGCUCUGCAGUUGUGCAUUAUACAGUGAAGCAGAGUUACAACAGAUACUUGAAGCUGAGCAUGUUCCGAGACUGCAACUCCCUACCUAGUGCCUCAGCAUGCAAAUGUCUAUAUCGUGUCGUCUGUAUACCAAAUCCAUAACUUGGUUCAACCAAGAAAAAGGAAUCCCAUUUAAGCCUGCAAAUCAGUUUAAUUCAGUUUCAGUACAGUGACUUAGAGCUUAUUAUGAGCUAACAUCAAGUCAUUAUCGUCAUGAUGUCUAAUAUAAUUUACGUUAUAAGAUUUUGUAGUUACCUGUUGAUCAUUAUUAUGUUACAUUUUGGGCAUUUGCAUGUUGUGAUUUGUCAAAUGUAAUUGGUCAUGAAAUAUCAAUUUUUGUUUUAGGGUUUUGUUGGACCAAAAUGAUACAAGCCAGUAUUGUUUGUCUGAUAUAGAUAUUUCUCAAGUGUCUAACCCCAAAAUGUUUUCUUUAAAACAAGAUGUUCCAUAUCAUUAGAAAAAUCUACUUGUCGUUACUGCUCAAUUUUUGGAGGAUGUUAAAUGAUAUUGAUUGUCUCUUAUUCAGGAAUAUAAAAGAUCCAGGGAUUUGUUUGAUUGCCAUUAGGCAAAUGCCAAUAUCAAAACCCAUGCAAAAUGACAAGUAUAACAUCAAAGUUUGGGGUGAAGGACUAGGUCUUGUAAAUACUCAACUGAUUCAUGUUCGGUUUCAUGCUGUACAUAAGAUGUGUGACUUUGUGUCGGAAAGGAAAGUCAAAAGAUAGUUCUGAAUCUAAAAAUGUGAGAUAGGAUGUCCAAUUUUAGUUCUCUGUCUUGACCUUAUUAGUACAAGACCAUUGUAACAAUAUGCAUUGCAUACACUUUAUUUUGAAUUGGUCAUCUUCCCAUAGCAGUUUGCAUUAUUGACUUUCUGGUUGCUUUUUACGGUCCUACAGCUCCUUGACAUGAUGAACAGUGCAUUAUCUCAAAAAAAUAGAUAUAUAUUUGAAUACUUAUUUUUGUCUUUGGUCAAGGUGACUGUGACUUGCUUCUCUUUUUCCUUUUUUUAUUUUUACAAUCUCUUGACAUGGAGGUUAGUUUUUUGUUCAUUUUCACAACUACUGUAGUUAUUUUGUGGAUUGAUGAAUAUAAAUCGGCAUCUGACCAUAUUUACUUCUAAGAAAAGGACCACGCUUUUUUUUGUGUCCCCCUCAUGCAGUUUGCAGGCUGUCUUGGCGUCUCCCUAGCUCUGGUCCAGCGUAGGUGUUGUCCUGGGGGGCACUGAGCUUUUUGAACAGGAGGGGCGAUAGAACACGAGCACCCUGGACCUUAGCUAUAUUGCCCCCCCCCCUUCUGAAGUGCCAUUCUUAUUCGGCUGCUGGAAGUCGCUCUGGGUUCUUCCACUGAUUUAUAGUAUUUGUUCUGUUUUUCCUGCCCUCCUGAGGUUUAUUUGGUUCUCUGUUGUAAUUAUUGUUUCACAUUUUCUUAAAUCUUGUAGUAAAUAAAGUUUACUUGCUACUA